AUGGAGGCUCUUCUCGGUGGUGGGGCUAGCCGGCGCGUGAGCAUCGACGACGCGCUUGCUGAGCAUGCGGGGGAGUUGGGUCGGUGGCAGCUGCGGCACUUCGUGCUGGUGUCGGUGGCGUGGGCGCUGGAGGCGCUGAACACCAUGGUCAUCAUCUUCGCGGACCGUGAGCCGGCCAUGGCAUGCACGGCUGGGGACGGGCAGUGCGGCGAUCCGUGCGCCGGCGCGGCAGCCGGGUGGGUGUGGACGCAGGGGACCGGCUCAUCGACAGUGGCAGAGUGGGGGCUCGUGUGCGGCGAGCGCUACAAGGUGGGGCUCGUCCAAGCCCUCUUCUUCGCCGGCUGCUUGAUCGGCUCCGGUGUGUUCGGGCACCUAUCAGACUCGUUCCUGGGCCGGAAGGGUGCCCUCCAGCUCGCCUGCUUUCUCAACGCCGUCUUCGCCCUCCUCACGUCCAUCGCCCCCAACUAUUGGGCCUACACCGCCCUACGCGUCCUCACUGGCUUCAGCAACGGCAGCGUCGGCUUCUGUUCCUUUGUCCUCGCCAACGAGCCCAUCGGCCCCUCCCGCCGCGGGGUCGCCGGCAUGUCCUCCUUCUACUUCUUCUCCGGCGGCGUCGUGGUCCUCGCCGGAGUCGCCGCCAUCUUCCAGUCCUCCUGGCGCCUGCUCUACGUGGUCGCCUCCCUGGCCUCGCUCGUCUACCUUGUCGCCGUCUUGCCCUUCGUGUCCGAGUCGCCCCGCUGGUACCUCGUGCGGGGACGCGCCGACGACGCCAUCCGCGUCCUGCGCGACAUCGCGUCCACCAACGGCAGCCGCAUCCCCGACGGUGUCACGCUCAAGUUCGACGACGACGACGACGACGACGACGACAAGCUGGCUGGCGGGGAGUCCUCCUCGUCGGCCUCGAUCCUGGACGUGCUGCGGUCGAGGACGACCCGGCGUAGGCUCGUCUUGUCCGUGCUCAUCAACCUGCUCUGCGCGGUGGUCUACUACGGGCUGAGCCUCAACGUGGGCAACCUCAGGACCAACCUGUACGUCAGCGUGGCCGUGAACGCGCUCGCCGAGAUGCCCGCCUUCCUGCUCACCACGCUCUUCAUCGACCGUUUCGGCAGAAAGCCGCUCGCCAUAAGCACCUUGCUUCUCAGCGGCGUCUUCUGCACAGCCGGCAGCCUCAUCUCUGCCGCCGACGACGCAACAAUGAGCGUCGCCAAGAUGGCCUGCAGCGUGGUGGGGAUCUUCGGAAUGGCGGCGACGUACAACCUAUUGUUCAUAUACACCUCAGAGCUAUUCCCCACGGUGGUGAGGAACGCGGCGCUGGGGUGUACCGGGCAGGCAACGCGGAUGGGGGCGAUACUGGCGCCGUUGGUGGUGGUGCUCGGGGAGCGGGUCCCAUUCGCGGUGUUCGGCAUGGCUGGGAUCGUAAGCGGCCUGCUCGUCUUCUACCUCCCGGAGACAAUGAACAAGCCUUUGUAUGACACCAUGGCCGGCCUAGAGGAAGGGGAGAAGACCCUCUUCAAGUAA